GCGGCGGCGGUAGUUGCGGUUGUUUGACGGGGAGCGAGAGCGCCCGGUCAAGGAGAAGGAAAGCUAUUCAGCGGAGAGUGACGGAGCGUAAACCUGAGGCGGACCAGCCGGAGGAGGUGGUGGUGGUGGAGCAGCAGCAGCAGCAGGAGGAGGAGGAGGAGAGGCGACGGGACGCGACGGGACGGGCGACGCCGCUCUUCAGGCAAGGCGGUUGGAAAGGCAGCGAUAGGUUUUGGUGACUGAAGAUGUCAGAUAAUGGCGAAGUGGAAGACAAGCCUCCAGCUCCGCCCAUGAGGAACACCAGCACCAUGAUUGGUGUGGGCAGCAAGGACUCUGGCAACCUUAACCAUGGCUCCAAGCCUCUUCCCUUGGCUCCUGAAGAGAAGAAAAAGAAAGACAGGCUCAGGUUCUUUCCCGGAGCAGGAGACAAAACCAACAGAAAAAAAGAAAGGGAACGGCCGGAGAUCUCGCUACCUUCUGAUUUUGAGCACACAAUACACGUUGGAUUUGAUGCUGUCACCGGAGAGUUCACUGGCAUGCCAGAGCAAUGGGCUCGGUUGUUGCAGACAUCGAAUAUCACAAAGCUGGAGCAGAAAAAGAAUCCACAGGCAGUGUUGGAUGUUCUGAAAUUCUAUGAAUCAAAAGAAACAUCAAACAGUCAAAAAUACAUGAGCUUCACAGAUAAGACAGCAGAUGGUUAUGUAACCACGAAUGCACUGAGCACAAAGAAUGUGUCGGAGUCGCCGGCUGUGCCUCCCGUGUCCGAGGACGAUGAUGAAGAUGAAGGAGUACCGCCGCCUGUCAUAGCGCCUCGACCGGAACACACCAAGUCGAUGUACACCCGGUCCGUGAUAGAUCCCAUUCCCCUCCCACCCACCAAAGACGCUGCUACAUCCCCCAUCUCCUCGCCCUCCGAAAACAGCACAACCCCUUCAAACACCUUAACCAGGAACGCAGAGAAACAGAGGAAGAAGACCAAAAUGACGGACGAAGAGAUAUUGGAAAAAUUGAGAAGUAUAGUAACUGUGGGUGAUCCAAAGAAGAAGUACUCGAGAUUUGAGAAGAUUGGACAGGGGGCUUCAGGCACAGUGUAUACAGCCAUUGAUGUGGCCACUGGCCAAGAGGUUGCAAUCAAACAGAUGAAUUUACAACAGCAACCCAAGAAAGAAUUGAUUAUUAAUGAAAUUCUGGUUAUGAGGGAAAAUAAAAAUCCAAAUAUUGUUAAUUAUUUAGACAGCUACCUCGUGGGGGAUGAGUUAUGGGUGGUUAUGGAGUACCUGGCAGGUGGAUCGCUGACCGACGUGGUCACAGAGACCUGCAUGGAUGAAGGACAAAUAGCAGCAGUGUGUAGAGAGUGUUUACAAGCCCUGGAGUUCCUGCAUUCAAACCAGGUCAUUCACAGGGACAUCAAAAGUGACAACAUUCUGCUGGGGAUGGACGGAUCUGUCAAGCUAACUGACUUUGGCUUCUGCGCUCAGAUCACUCCCGAGCAGAGUAAACGAAGCACGAUGGUGGGCACCCCCUACUGGAUGGCGCCCGAGGUGGUCACGAGAAAAGCCUACGGUCCCAAGGUAGACAUUUGGUCGCUGGGAAUCAUGGCGAUCGAAAUGAUCGAGGGCGAACCUCCCUACCUGAACGAGAACCCUCUGAGGGCACUGUAUUUAAUAGCAACGAAUGGCACUCCUGAGCUACAGAAUCCUGAAAAACUGUCUUCUAUAUUUCGGGACUUUCUUAAUCGCUGCCUGGAGAUGGAUGUGGAGAAGAGAGGUUCUGCCAAGGAGCUUCUCCAGCACCCGUUCCUGAAGGUGGCCAAGCCACUGUCCAGCCUCACUCCCCUCAUCCUUGCCGCCAAGGACGCAGCCAAGAACAACCGCUAACGGGACGGGUGACGUCUGCAGCCCCUGCGUCGGCGCUCACAUGCGCCCCCCCCACCCACGCGCAACGGAAUUGCUGCUCACCCUAGCGACGGGCCCCUCCCACCCGGAGCUCCUCCAGUGUUCAAUCCUUCCACAGCCAAGUUCCAGGGAAGGGGACGGAGUGGGGAAAGGGUGGGGGGGUAGACCAUCGCAGGAGGCUGUCAUUCCACGGGUGCGACGCAAAGGACAACGUGCUUUGUGCGGGACGGGACGGGAGGGGAGGGUGUAAGAUUCUUCCCUUAAACUGCAUUGGAUGUUAAUAGUUCUUUAUAGUACUGAGCAGUGUCCCAACUCUGUGGAAUAUCAGCCCCUGAUGCUGGGUGUAUCUAGUGGUUGUGGAAGGCUGCAGGGGGCUUGGCAAUAGUCAGGAGAUAAGCCUGUGCACUACACAGUCCACUGAGCCUGUCCUUUGACCCUCCCCAACCCUGGCAAGCUGCUGGGAUUUCUCCCUCUUUCAUAUGUUCGUACGUAGUAUCUCUUCAUUUUGGGUUGGACGGGCCAGUGCUUUCACUUUCUUUCCCCUUCUCCCUAACGUUCAUAGGUCUAUAUAUAUAUAUAUUUCCCCCCCCCCCCCUUCUUUGUUGAGUGAUUCUCUCUCCGCUUCGAAGAUCGAUCACUCGGAUUGAUCCCGCGUUCCGAUCGCCUGAGUCUUCGGUUGGAGGCUUCUCUCAAAUCACUGAAUGUAGCGGCAGGUUGCCGAAUGGUCACAUACGUGACGUAGUUAUUAAGUCUGCGGUGAUGCCAGUCUUAAUACCCGCACUGCCGGGCAUGUAGUAUAUUUUUUUGUGAGUGUUUCCCCCUCCCCCCUUCUCCCCCUCCCCCCUUCUCCCCCUC